CAGCUCGGCAAUAAAAUAGGUGUGCAUUUUUUGAAGCUCAGAAUCACCUUGUCUUCGGCAGCAUGGAGAUUGUGCUCAUGUGUCACGUGAUGAAGAGCAGCAGGAUGUUCCCCAAUGGGGAAAUAAGGUGCACCAAUGUGGUUCAGAAAUCAACAACCACCUGAAGAGAUGCAUCUUUCCCUCUUUGGACGGCUCUAACAAGACUAGUAUCGGCUCGAUACUGCUAGAGAUGACGCGUUUUUGGAAAGAGAUGGCAAGGGAGUGGCACCUUUCAUGGCACCUCCCGGACUUCAGAGUUCGGAGAAUGACUGAUGUAACCAAGCAGUGAUGCUGCUCAUUUGUUUCGAAACUCGAAGCCCCAUGGCGCCUAGAGAUGCCAGAGAUGCAAUGAUCAGACCACGAACACAAUCCGGGACAGCCUCGGCAAGCGCCAGGCACGCCUGCCGGACACGCUGUGUGGCACAUGCUGCGUGCCCACUACCCCACCCGGACCGUCGAAGAGCAGCUGCAAGAGCUGUUUAAGGAUGCAAAGCCCUGCGUCGUCCCAGACACAACAUUCGCAAGAACAGUCGACCGAGCGUUGCGAGCCUGCUUUGCUCUGCUGAAAUUCACCGACCAUAUUCAGGUUGCCUACGUCGAAGGCUCGACCGGAAAGUCGACGUAUAGUUUGAUAAGGGACAGGAUAUGCUUAAUAUACAUUGCCGAUGGUUGGACUCUGCUUGUACGCACCACCGGUCGUUCUACCGGCCGUGGUCUCCGAACAACCUCGCCGACCCGAACGCCCCGUUCUUCUGCUGUCAUGUGGUGGAAGAGCUCUUGGUCCGAUCCAUUGCAUUCAUGUUCAAACGGCCCGGACUACCAUGUUGUGCUUCAUGAUGACAAACGUGCGAAUGCUGAGACAGCGCUUCUCCAUGAGAAAGCAGCCCUCCCCAACGACGUGGUGCCCUGUGGCUGCCGCCAGCAGUUCGCUCGUCAGACACACCGAAUGAAGGUGCUGGGUGACCACUGUUACCAGAAGAUAAGCGAGGCCUGUAAUAUCCCUGGUCAUUUCUUCUAA